AUGCCCCAACCCAGCCUACACCAGGCUCCCCCUCCCAUCCAGUCCAUAGCAAAGUGCAACCCCAAGGGAAAGAAAGCCAAAGGGAAGAAGGUAGCCCCAGCCCCUUCCGUGGCUAAGAAGCAUGAGGCCAAGAAAGUCGUAAACCCCUUGUUUGAGAAGAGGCCGAAGAACUUUGGCAUUGGUCAGGACAUCCAACCCAAGCGUGAUUUGACAAGAUUUGUCAAAUGGCCCCGUUACGUUCGCCUGCAGAGGCAACGUUCCAUCCUCUACAAGCGUCUGAAGGUUCCCCCCGCGAUCAACCAGUUCACUCAGGCUCUAGACCGCCAGACCGCCACACAGCUGUUCAAACUGGCCCAUAAGUACAGACCAGAGACCAAGCAGGAAAAGAAGCAAAGGCUGUUGGCCCGUGCUGAGCAGAAAGCUGCUGGAAAAGGAGAUGUCCCCACCAAGAGGCCUCCCGUUCUCCGUGCCGGUGUGAACGCCAUUGCUACCCUUGUAGAGAGUAAGAAGGCCCAGCUUGUGGUCAUUGCCCAUGAUGUGGACCCUAUUGAGCUGGUUGUGUUCCUUCCAGCCCUGUGCCGCAAGAUGGGUGUUCCAUACUGCAUUGUCAAGGGCAAGGCCAGGUUGGGUAGACUGGUGCACAGAAAAACCUGCACGACAGUGGCCUUCACUCAGAUAAACCCUGAGGAUAAAGGUGCACUGGGCAAGCUUGUUGAGGCCAUCAAAACCAACUACAAUGACAGAUAUGAGGAGAUUCGUCGUCACUGGGGAGGUGGUAUCAUGGGCCCCAAAUCCUCAGCUCGUAUCAAUAAAUUGGAGAAGGCAAAGGCCAAGGAAUUGGCAACCAAGCUUGGUUGAAAUGAUCUUGAAUAAAAGCCCAAUAACAAUAA